GAACCUCGUGCACAAUCAAGCGAAACAGACGAAACGUUGGGCAGAGACCGACUGAGUAGUUGUCUAUCCCCCAAACCAAGCUAGCUUACACUAUCAACAUGGAGUGGAACCCAAUGGAAAUCAACCCUGAGAUGCUCAACAAGGUGGGUAGACGCUGAGUCAUGCUGUUGUAACGGGUUAUGUGUUGUAGACAUUAGCCGGGUAAGUCAUGUCGUCUUUCACAGUGCAAUAAUUAGGCUAAAUAAACGGCAAAUGUGCUGGACAUGGCGAAUUAGACAUUUUCUGAAAAGAUGAAGACGGGGAAACCAAACCAAAAAUGACAGCAGCAUCCCCGUGUCUAGCUCCCCUGUGUCUGGGUGCACUGGCCAGGCGGGCGUGGUCGGACAGCCACGCGCCUCCAUCGACAGGACCAGCCCAGGACCCACUGAAUGAGUCAUUUCGAUUUAAAUGACUAAAGAACAAGACAAUUUGUUCCCUCAACCACCUUUGCCGCUGUGUGUGUGUUUUGUAUGUAUCAGAUGAUGAGCAAGUUAGGCGCGGGAGGAACCUGGCGUUUUGUUGACGUCUUGGGACUGGAGGGGGAGCCCUUAGCUACUGUCCCAAGCCCUUGCUGCGCCCUGAUGCUGCUCUUCCCUCUAACACCGAAGCAUGAGUCUUUCAGAGAGACGCAGGCAAACCAGCUGUCCGGGGAUUCAGAUGUCUACUUUCUGAAACAGACCGUGGUCAAUUCCUGUGGCACCGUCGCUCUCCUCCACACUGUCGCCAACAAUAAAGGCAAAGUGGAGUUUAAUAGUGACUCUGCUUUGAAGAAGUUUCUCGAGGAGACCGCUGACAUGACGGCUGAGGACCGUGCCAAACAACUAGAGAAAAACCAGGCCAUCCGUGAGGCUCAUGAUGAAGCGGCAGCACAGGGCCAGUGCAUGCCCGCAGCUGAUAAAGUGAACUUCCACUUCGUUGCCUUCGUCAAUGUGAAUGGAAAGCUUCAUGAGCUUGAUGGACGAAUGGAUGGACCUGUAUCACAUGGAUCCACCAAGGAUACUUCGUUCUUAUCGGAUGCUGCAAGGGUGUGUCGUGGAUUCAUGGAAAGAGAGAAAGGUGAAGUUCGCUUCUCCGCAGUGGCACUUUGUCAGGCUUAAACUCAUCAGGGGAUUGCUGGGUGUCAUUUCAAAGUAACACUACAUUACACCAAGCACACAUGAGGAAUCAAAGAUUCACCUUGACGUUAGAAUGACUGGUACACACACACACACACACACACACACACACACACACACACACACACACAUAUGUGAAAAUGCACUAUAGAUACAAAUGGCUCCACAAUGCUUGCAAAGCUCAACAAGAAAAUCCCUCAAAGCAGAAUGUUUUCUUGCACACAUUUAAACAAUUUCACGAAAUAAUGCUGCCUCUUGUCAACUGUUGCUUAGUAGCAAAAAGGCCUUUUUAUGCGACUACUAUUUUUUUUUAUCACUGAGUUUCUGUUUGUUAUUGUUGAGCCGUGAUUUUUCUAAGUCGAGACAUACUGAUGCACAAGUGCCUUCAGAGGCAACGCUAUGAAUACCAGUAAAUUAGAGGAAUGUCGAGAGAACUGUUACGGUUCUAAAAGUUGGAUUUAGUCUGUUUGGACAUUCGGAUGGAAGGGGAAAGGUCACUCGGUUGUCCAAAAACAAUUGGAUGUAGUCAGUGGUGUGAGUUAUGCACUGUAAUUUGAGAAAAACAAAGCUUGUAUUGAAAAUGUGUUUAAACAAAUACUGGUUAUGUCGAUGGAUGAACUGGUGGUUACCUUAUUUUUUGUUAAUUUAUGAACCACAGUUGUGUUAGAUUGAACUUUAUUUUGGAUGUUAAGUUAUUAUACUAAUUGUGGUCAUGCCAGUAUGCUAUUGACAAUUGCCUUAUUGUGAAAUGUUAGAUUACAUUGAACCUAAACUGCCGAACAAGAAGGGGCCCAAACAACCGUUUCUUGGGAUGUAAUACUGUUAAUUUUUAGGUGAUGGCAUUUCUAGGCUGUGUUCAAAUACCUUUUUGCAGCCUCUCUGUUCUUGGUGUUGGCAAUGCAGUUGUGACUAUUCAAUAAAGCAGUUCAAAACAA